CGUUCGUGUAACUUUUGCGCCAGUCUUCUCAACCUCUCACCUCCCCUUACCAUGAGCAAACCCAAGUCCAUCCUGAAGAAGCCGUCAGGAUCAGCCAGCCAUUCGGUGACGAAGGCUCAGGCGCCGGAUCGCAGCAUUCUUGCCCUGACGGACAAAGGCAAAGGAAAAGCUGGAGCGCCAAAACUCCGUCAAUCCAUUCCCGUCAAGCGAGCGAGGAACAAUGAGGACGACGAGGACGACGAAGAGGAGGACGAGGCCUCCGAUGGCAUGGAUGAGUCUGGAGAUGAGUUCGACGAGAGUGAGGAGUUAGAUACGGACGAGGAGAUCAGCAGGUCAAAAAGUGACAAGGGGUCAAGGCCCAUCAAAAAAAAGAAGGGUCCCACUUCCGCCGAGACAUUCGGAUCGACUCUUACGUCGCUGUUGUCCGAACCAGGCCCUUCCAAACGGAGCAGAGCCACGAUUGAGGACUCCAAGCCGUCCACAAAGCAACCAUCAUCGAUCAGUGUCAAAUCGACCCCGAAAGCCAAUCCUAUCCUUUCGUUAUCUCAUAUCAAGCUUCCGCCUUCUAAAGCUACUCUUUCGCUUGAACGUAGAGCCGCAAGGAAAGUCAAACAGGAGAAAGAGGAGAAAGAGGACAGAGCCAGAGUGAGGGAUGUGGUGGAAGGGUGGACAGCAGCGGAUGGAACAGGCGGUAUGGAGUUCGAAAAGGGUUUGAGAAAGGUAGCACAAAAGGGUGUGAUCAAACUGUUUAACGCCAUCCUGGCCGCUUCCAAAGCUUCCGAAUCAGCGCCUUUGACACUCGCAGCGAAAGCAGGUGUCAAGGAGGACAAGGGGAGAAGGAAGGAAAAGGACAAUGUGUUGGGACGAGGGGGCAAGAUUGGAGAAGGCAAAGGGUUGACGAGUGAGAGCUUCUUGGACAUGGUCAGGAAUGGAUGAGCUGGUGCAUGUGUGCGUGUGGGUGAGAGUCAUGGUAAUGGGCAGGGCAGAGCAGACCAGUGUCCAUGCAGCACUUCACAACAGACAGACGUACUGUAGCUGCAGCUAUCUUUUCAGACACCCGGUAGCAAUUGUUGUCAUACAGAUAGACGCCUUGUGCCGGGAUCCAGGUUUAUUAUACUUCGGCGC